AUGUCCGACUACCAAUCCAUUGCAGCCCGCAAGCAACAGCACCUGGAGUCUCUCAUCCCCUCCGAAUGGCGUCUGGACGCCUCGCAGAUCCCCGCGGGGAUGCUCUCGCCCGCCGAGUCCAUCACUCAGACCUCCGCCUACAAGAGCAUCAACGUCACUGCCAUUCCCCGAACCUGUGGCCUGCUCACUUCCCAUGAAUUCCACAUCACCGAAGACUACAACGUCCGCGCACUCCUCGCUGAAAUCCACUCCCAACAUCUCACCUCCGAGGAAGUCACCCGCGCAUUCUGCAAGCGCGCCGCAAUCGCUCAUCAACUCACCCGUUGUCUCACUGAACCACUCUUCACUCAAGCGCUCGAUCGCGCCCGCGCCCUUGACACCCACCUCCAAUCCACCUCCCGUCCCAUUGGCCUUCUCCACGGCCUUCCCAUCUCCAUCAAGGACACCUUCCACAUCGCCCACACCGACUCCACCAGUGGCCUCGCCGCUCUGGCCUUCUGCCCGGCCACACAAGAUGCCUCCCUCGUGACUCUCCUCCAGUCCCUCGGCGCCAUUAUCAUCACCAAAACCAAUGUCCCGCAAACCGUCGGCACUCUCGACACCUGUAACCACCUCUUCGGCCGCACCCUCAACCCCCUCAACCACCGUCUCACCGUCGGCGGCAGCACCGGCGGCGAAGCCGCCCUCCUCGCCCUCCGCGGCUCCAUGAUUGGCUUCGGCACCGACAUCGGCGGCAGCGUGCGCAUUCCCCCAAUGUGCACGGGUCUCUACGGCUUCAAGCCCAGCCAAGGCCGUCUACCGUACGGCGGACAGCAGGACGCAGGACAUAUCCCUGCCAAAGGACGGAUCGGGCUGCAACCCGUUGCAGGGCCACUGGCUCGGUCAGUGGAGGACAUAGGAUUCGUGAUGGGGGAGAUCGUGCCCCGGGCGGAAUUAUUCGGAGAAGAUUGCAUUCCUGGUACAUGGGGACCAUCACCACCCUUAUCAACCCCGAAAUUGAGAAUCGGUGUCCUCCGCUCCGAUGGAAUCGUGGAACCUCUUCCUCCUAUCACCAAAGUCUUGGAUGAAGUGUCGCGAAUCCUGCGCUGUACCUCAGACGUAGAAAUCGUGGAGGUUCCCGUGCCGCCGGCUCUUACGAAGUGCCAAGGCCUUGCGAACAAAUUGAUGGGGAUUGACGGGGGCGGGCACAUGAUGGAUCUGCUUGAGAAAACGGGUGAACCGCUUACACCCUGGUUGAAGGGCCGGAUGGGACGGAGAAAGGAGAUCACGGUGUCCGAAUUGGGGGAAUUGCAAAUGCAACGGGCGCGGCUGGAGAGAGAGAUGUUGCGUAUGUGGACGCUCAAUGCCGCUGAUGAUGAUAGGAUACGACGAAUUGACGCGAUCAUCCAUCCCGUGGCACCGCACCCAGUCCCUGAAAUGGACCGGUACAAUGCCAUCGGGUAUACCUCGUCGUGGGUGCUGUUGGAUUAUCCGGCCGGGGUAGUGCCCGUGCGGACGGUCCGAGAAGAUGAUCUCGAGCUUGGGAGGGAGAUGACGAUCCCUGUAAAGGGGAGAUGGGAUGAGGCGAACCGCAGGCUGUGGACCGAGACCACCGUCGACAGACGUGUGUACCUGGACUCGCCGCUGAGCGUGCAGGUCAUCACACCCAAGCAGCACGAUUAUGAUCUCUACCGGGCGAUGCAGAUCAUCGACAAGGCGAUCCGAUCCGAGUCAACCAAGCAAACCGAGACAGCCAAGCUAUAG